CCAAACAACAGAUCUUGUUGUAACAUAUAAUUAUGUGUAUUGUUGCAGCAACAGGACCGAUUCAUGUGCACGGUGUGUUGCACAAGAUGUGGUAUCGCUACAACAACCACACGAGGGGCAAACGAGCCUAACGACACCGGGUUGUUGCUAAUGCUAAUGGCAGCGGAGGGGUGAAGCUGCACUCCGAAGAUGGCUGGGGUGUUCGAGGUGGAGGUUGACGGUGUGGAGCACGACCACGGACUGGCGCACCACCACGACGAGCCGAGCCAGAUUGAUGUGUCCAAGCUCUCCCCAGAAGAAAAGUGGAGGGUGGAGCAUGCAAGAAUGCAUGCUAAGCACAAAGGCCACGAGGCCAUGCACGCAGAGAUGGUGCUCAUCCUCAUUGUCACCCUGGUCGUCGCCCAGCUAGUCCUUGUGCAGUGGAAACAGAGACAUUCAAAGUCAUACAACCUGGUGACUCUGUUCCAGAUGUGGGUAGUUCCUCUCUACUUUACCACCAAACUUCACUGGUGGAGGUUCCUGACCACGUGGUUUAUCUUCUCUGUCAUCACAGCCUACAUCUCCUACCGUGCCACUCGGAAGCCGCUGGCAUGCACCACACCGAGAUUGGUGUACAAGUGGUUCCUCCUCCUCUACAAAAUCAGCUAUGCUACAGGAAUAGCAGGCUACAGUGUCGUCAUGUUUACACUUUUUGGUAUUAACCUAAUAUUCAGGAUAAAGCCGGAGGAUGCAAUGGACUUUGGCGUCUCUCUACUUUUCUACGGUCUGUACUACGGGGUCCUAGGAAGGGACUUUGCAGAAAUGUGUGCAGACUUCAUGGCUUCCACCGUUGGUUACUACAGUGCAUCCGGCAUGCCAACCAAGCACCUCUCUGACAAUAUCUGUGCUGUGUGCGGUCAGCCCAUCCUUGUCGACGUCAGUGAGGAGGGGAUUAUUGAGAACACGUACAGAUUAUCCUGCAACCAUGUGUUCCAUGAGUUCUGCAUAAGAGGAUGGUGCAUCGUCGGAAAGAAGCAGAUGUGCCCUUACUGCAAAGAGAAGGUGGAUCUGAAGAGGAUGUUCAGUAACCCUUGGGAGAGGCCACAUGUCAUGUAUGGACAACUUUUAGACUGGCUGCGGUACUUGGUGGCCUGGCAGCCAGUUAUUAUUGGAUUUGUGCAAGGUAUCAACUAUGUCCUGGGUCUGGAGUGACCUGCGACCGGCAGACAUGGACAUACAGGCGACACAUAGAAGAUAUGCACUGGCUCAAAAGACUGAGGCCCUGACAUUGAACUAAAACACCAAUAAAAAGUGUCUAUUUUUUUUGUAUAUAUUUAUAGGCACAAUAUCUGUAUUUCGGGUUUAUUUGAUUUUUAUUAGUGAUCUGAAUUUGGAAGUCUGUCAAUCUCCCCAAGAUUUGCUUUACACCAUAAUAAUUGGUUUGUGCAUUUCUAGUUAAGCGGUUCGCAAAAUCAGUAGAGCGGUUCUUAUUUUAACAAUGUAUGUCUUAAGUGUGUGUUGAUAGUUAAAAGAUCAUGCUAGAGCUUUUUAAUCCUCAUGUCGAUCACAUGAGUAAUAAACACUUUAUGGAAAUUAGUAUAAAUCAUUUGCUCCCUUUGCCUCUUGAUUACAUGAACCCAGCGCACACUUCCUCUGGAGUCCUCUCUCAACUGCGUCACCUAAUGGUCUAUGGGAAUUGCUCGUGACGCUGUUUGACCUGCACCGAUUCCAUGUUUUGAACUGAAGUGACAUGGGUGAGAGUUCCCUAAGCGCUGACAGUCAUCCAUCAUGUGAGCGUAAGCCUCGUCAUCAUGAGGGGGAAAAAAGCACCAAUCGUACGUAAAUAGAGGAUUCCUCAUAAAGACUUUUUUUUCUCUGACAGGAUUUCGAAAUGUCCCUGUUGUCUUCACGGACACUCAUCUUUACCAUCUUGGCAAAUCAGUCUUUGUUUUAGCAGUGACCUUUUGUGCUAUGUCACAUUUCAUGAAGUUUGCAAUUAUUUGAAUCGGAGGAACGUCACUAUCUACCAAACAAACUUGCCCAUUUUAUUUUCAAUAUAUGAUUUUCUCAGUUGUAUCUAUCCAUGCAGGUUUUCGGUUUUGAUUUCAUGCUACUCUUGUCAGCUGUUUCCUUCAGAACUGCUUCUACCUGGAAAAAAAUUGUCUCUGAAACUGCUGACAGUUUGCACUGUGCAGUUUCGGGGUAAAACGCAUUACAGUUACGUUUUUAAAAUCCUUUUCCAUUCUGUUGGCAUUACUGACUUAAUUUUAUUCACCUCCAUUACUUUGGUUUUGCAGGAGAAAGCCUGGCCAGAUAAAAUGUUACAUCUACAUGGCUUGCUACUGUUCGAGGUGAGAGAAAGUUUUUCUGUAAUUUGGCUGAACUUGAACGGUUUUGAAAUUGGCGCGACUCCGUACCGUACAAAUCAAAGCUAAGAUGCUACCGAGUUUCUGGAACUACCACUAACUGUUCAAACACAAUCUGACCUUAUGAGGAAAGAUCUUUAACAUGAUCCUUUAACUCAGUGAUUGCUGAUGGUGCCAGUCUUAUUUGAAUGUGAUCUGAUCAGUUUGAGGCCCUGCGGGGACUGUGUACAACACGGCCAACGUGAUCAUGUUGUUUUAUUGUCAAUGUUUUGAUCGAGAUCCGUUAAUAAAUGUCGCAUUGGUUUA